ACUCAUUUUCAUAACGAAUUCAACCGUCUUAGAGAUAAGUUGCACUGUAUUAGUAAUCUAAAAUAAUGUUUAUUAUUUAUUCGAUUAAAAUCGUUUUGGUGUUCAUAAAUGCUGUAUGGACAAGUGACAUAUCUAAUGGUGCGUAUAAACCAAUACAAAACGUUGACAGAGUAUUAAGAGAAGUCUACAAAUUUAAUCAUCCUCCUGAGGAAACAAUACCUGUCGCAAUAGUUUUUGAAGAAACUGGAAGUCGCGAAGGAAAAUCUAUUGACAAUAAAGCAAACAAUAAUAUUUUACCAAAUAAGGAAAUCGGUGAUAUUCAAAUCCAUACACUGCCGAGAGAAAGGGGUGAUUUUAAUGUCAAAUCUUCUGAUAAUAAUGCAGCUAAUAUCAAAAUAUCUGACACAAAAAUCAUUAAAGAAGAUCUUCAAAUACCAGUGGCUGUAGUUUAUGAACAAGAACACGCUACUGUAAGAAAUAAUAAACAAGAUUUACAGCGCUCUAAAAAUCGAAAUCAUGGUCAUUCAAAUCGCCGUCGCGUUCAAAAAGUGGUGCCAAAAAUAUCAAAUAACACAAUCAGUGGAAAUGAAACAACAAUUCAUGAAAAUAUAACAACUACAACAGAAACGCUUAAUAACUUUGACAAUUCCAAGAAAAAAGUCGAGACUGAAAACACCCAUAAUCGACCUAGAAGUCGGGAACGUGACCCUGUUAUACCAAUUAUUCAAUCUGAAAAUCAAGUUUAUGGUCACAGUGGCGACUUUCAUUACAGUUAUGAGGGCGGAGAUGGUACUCAAGUUUUCGAAAAAGGCGAAUUGAAAUCGUUUGAGGACAACAAAACAGGCGAAUCUGUAGUUGGAAGUUUUUCUUACACGGAUAAAAAUGGUCAAGAUUUUAGUUUAUCGUACACGGCGGAUGAAAACGGCUACCGUCCGACAGGCGCGCACCUGCCGACGCCGCCGCCGAUCCCACCCGCUAUAGAACGAGCGUUGCGCUAUUUAGCUACAAAGACUACUCCUGAGCCAGUGACAGAUUCGGUUGCACACUCUAAAGAUGAUUCAGAUUAAGGCUACACUGCACUACACUUAUAUAUAAAUCAUUUUUGUUACAAAGAAUAUUUUUUUUUUCAAGAAUGCAAUCCUUUUUUCACAAGAAUAACUACUAAAAAUUUAUUAUUGUUUUUUUGUACUUCUAAGGUUAGCCUUAUAAUAAGCAUAAAAUUUUAAGGCCAAAAAAUUUAUUGCUUAUUGUUUUGAAAUUAAUUGUGAGUUUCAAAGGUUUAUGAAUACUUAAAACAUGUAUUUACAUAAAUUUCACAAGUAACUGACAAGACAUUAUACUGUCGUAUUUAGAUAUUAAUUAUGCCAGAAACCCGAAAAUUGCUUUUGUAAUAAAUAUAACCAGGAGUCUUUAUUAAACAUACAUAUAUCUUCUACCUACUUUAAAUAGAAAAAUAUUCAUUUUACGAAAAUGAUACAAGAUAUCACUUAAUAACGUGAACAUAACUUUAUUUCAAUUCUACUACCACCUUCAAAGUGCAAAUACUCGUACGGAAAUCAUCAAAAUAAAUUUGUUCUUUUUAAUUAUUCACCAAACAUUGAUAAUAUAUUAAAUCCCCUCUCCUUUUUAUAGCUAAAAGAUUUUUAUUUAUAUACCUUCCUGUUAUUUCCAUAAUAUCGUUCAUAGAUCGUCCCAAUGUCUUUUUGGUCUGCCUCUCCUUUGUCGGCCGUCCAAAACCCAAAAAGUAUUCUAUCUCAGUAGAUAGAAUAACUUUUGGGUAAUAACUGGUUAUCACUACUGCAAAUGUUAUUGAUGGGUUGCAGUCUACUUGCGACAAAUAUAUUCUCCCAUAUCCAAUCUUACCGCCAAAUGUAUACAUUUUUAUAUUUACUAGUCUAAAUUUCAUAUACAUAUUCCAUCAUUUAGCCGAAAAAGCUGAACAUGGACUAUCAGUUUUUUCUAGACUGUUGGCUUUGUCUACCCCGCAAUGGAAUAGAUAUGAUUAAAUGUAUGUGUGUUAUUAUAUACGUGUUAUAUUUUCGUGGGAAGUAGGUAGACUCAUAAACUUGAUUUGUAUAAAAGUGCAACAUUAAAAAAAAUUACGAGUAUACCGAAAUUUUUAUAACUUUUCAGACCACCGUAAUUAGUAAUUUCGGUUCAGUUCAGAGGAUAAAAAAAUGGAAAAUAAAGCUGUCACAAUUGGCAUCAUAAUCCUGUCAUUUAGCUAUACAGCUGAAUGUGGACUUUCAGACUUCUCGAUACUGUUGGCUCUGUCUACCUCGAAAGGAAUUAAAGACUUAAUUAUAAGUAUGUAUGUUCGAUAUGUAGAAAAUUUUCCUAAAGUUAAGGGUCAGGCGAAAAGUUGGUCCGCACGCGUUGUAUCCUAUUCUACGUUCAUCUCCGACCUUGGACUACUCACUACACAAACAGGUUGAGAGCGGAAUGUCGGGUCACCAGAUUCACAAGCCUGCUGCUUGCUUCCUUAACUUCAACUUACUAAAAUUUUUAGUAUCGUCUUUGAUAAGAUGUAUCAAAGACGAUACUAAAAAUUUUAGUAAAAAAGUUUAGUACAUUCGUUCUCAACUUACUUAUCUAUACUUAAAUACUAACUAGGCUUCGAGGUUUAUGUCUGUUCCAUUAGUAUCCUAAUUUUCACUUUCGUUAAGAUCUAAAUAUUUCAAACCAAUUGUCAUGGAGUGCCAUUACAUUAAUUACGAUGUCAAAUUUAGUUUGCAAGAUUAUUCGUUAAACUAAGAAACUUUGACAGCUACAUAAAUCUGAUAUGUAGUAUUAGCUGCACGUAAGUGAAAAGAAAUGGAUACAUCUAUUGAAACUGACUGGGACAUACAUCAACGUUUGUUGUAAGUCGGGCUAAACUGUCUUUUACUCUCCUUUAACCGGACACAAAGGUACUUGUAUUGUAGUAUGAAUGCAUAGUUUGAUUUAUUACCUCAAAAAAACAUAAAAAUAGCUAUGAUCUUGGGUUAUUUUAAUUUUCAGCAUUUAGGGAAGUGACAUAAGUAUCAUAUGUGAUGUGACACUUAACUGUUGUUUUAACGUUAGUGCUAAUAAACAAAAUACAUAAGAAUGACCUCACGAAGCAGUAAAAUAAAAGAUAACAAAAACAUGUAGAGGGAGGAACAAUAUUUAUGUUUUUUUGCUGUAAACUCAAUACCAAAAAUGUUGUUUGUUUUGUUUGUAAAAUCUUUAUAGGAAAGUCCAUAAUUAAAGAGGCAGAACACAUAGAAAGCAUUAAGGAUGCGUUAUAAUAAACAAUAAAUUUAUUAAUAUU